AUGGCGCCCACCUUGCCACGACUUACGUCUGGCGCUGGUCUGUCCUCCUCGUCGCCGUCGUCGGCCGGCCCCAAGCCCGACGUCAUCAUCCUGUCCUCCGAUGACGAGCUGGAGGCGAGCAGCUGGAAGAGGUCGUCAUCGGCCGGCUCCAAGCCCAACGUCAUCACCCUGUCCUCCUCCUCCGAUGACGAACAGGAGGCGAGCAGCUGGAAGAUGUCGUCAUCGGCCGGCUCGAAGGCAGGCCCCGUCGUCUUGACCUCCUCCUACUCUGACUCCGAUGGCGAGCUCCUCGCCAACUGCCGGAAGAGGCGUUCGCCGCGCAACGUGGCCUGGGUCUUCUCCGACGAGGUCAAGAUCCUCACCGCGCUCGCCGACGAGCACCUCGAGUCCCGGCGGCUGCCAGGCUCUCCGUCCGCGCUCCUCGACGCCAUCUGCCGCCGGGUCGACCUGAAGCGGGAGAACGCCACAGCCGGCGACGUCGCCAAGAAGGUGCACAACCUCAAGGACAGGUUCAAGAAGGUGAUCGCCUCCGGUGGCCCGAGCGGUGAGCUCCGCGACAGGGAGCUCUACGACCUGUCGGUGAAGGUCUGGCCGGAGCUCCUCCCGUCGAUUGAGAGCAUUUCGUCGUCGUCCUCUUCGUCAGAUGGAACCUGCAGCCACUGA